UGAGCUGCAUCCUGGGCCGAGAAGUAACUCGAAUUUGUCACAGUAUCACUUUGUCCGGACGUACGUAUCCUUGACCUUCGCGACUAGCUCUUGGACUCGAUACCCUUCCUCUCAGCUUGUUAAAGAAACCGUUCCACCACCAGUGACACCAUAAAAGCCCUAUAGCGGACAACAUGACCACCAAUCCAACACCGCAAUUUGAAGGCUGGCUAGGCCACGACCCGACCUCCGCAGAUGGAAAGAUGAUAUGGGGUCCUUACACCCCCAAGACAUGGGACGAAACUGACAUCGACAUCAAAAUUACACAUUGUAGUGUUUGCAGCUCUGACCUAAGUACUCUGCGCAGCAGCUGGUCACCAGCCGAGUAUCCCUGCUGCGUUGGACAUGAAAUCGUCGGCGUAGCUAUGCGCGUCGGGUCAGGUGUUACCAAUGGUAUUUCGGUGGGUGAUCGGGUGGCUGUUGGUCCACAGAGUGACGCUUGUCUUUGUCGGCGGGGUGUAUGCCAGGAGUGUGCGAGUGGGAGGGAGAAUUACUGCCACGUCCACCUCACCGGAACCUAUAAUGGUCGGUAUCUGAGCGGCGAUAAGUCCUUCGGCGGAUUCGGACGGUACCAUCGCGCGCCGUCGCAUUUUGUCUUCAGGGUUCCCGACGGAUUGCCAUCGGCAUAUGCGGCACCCAUGAUGUGUGCUGGCCUCACUACCUACUCUGCGUUGACAAGGAACGGUUGUGGACCUGGGAAGAAUGUGGGAAUUAUUGGGAUUGGAGGGUUGGGACACUUUGGAAUUCUGUGGGCGAAGGCGCUCGGUGCAGAGAAGGUUGUUGCCAUUUCCCGACGGUCAAAUAAAAGAGAGGAUGCUGUUCGUCUGGGGGCGGACGAAUAUGUUGCCACCGAGGAAGAUGUGGACUGGGCUGCGUCUCAUACGAUGACUCUGGAUCUGCUUAUCUGUACAGUAUCCUCCUCACAGAUGCCAAUAGAAAGCUACCUGACCUGCCUCCGCACCGACGGCUGUUUCGUCCAGAUAGGGUUGCCAGAAGACAAAUUUCCCCCGUUCCGAGCAGGCCUGCUGGCCUCACGCUCUGCGAAAGUCGCGGGUUCGUUUAUCGGUGCACCGCAUGAGAUUCGAGAAAUGCUGCAGCUGGCUGUCGACAAGAGUGUGGUUCCGUGGGUGACCGAGAGGCCGAUGAAGGAGGCAAAUGCGGCGAUCGUGGAUAUGGCGAAAGGGGCGGCUAGAUAUCGAUACGUCCUUGUUAAUCAGGAUAGCUGAUUUGGGGAAAUCAAGUUGAGAUGAUCAAGAAGGAGCACACUGCGUUUUUGUGACUGAAAUCUUAAAAGA